GCCGACCACAGAUGGGAAGGCCAAUGGAGAUGGACAGAGAAGGGAAGAGGCAGAAAAAGGCUCGGAGAGAGGCAGAGGACCAGGCUGACAGGAGAGAGGAGGUGGCUGAGAAAGGAGACAGUGUCCUGGGCGUGCUUGGGGACUUUUCGGGGGAUUCUGUCUGCCAGCUGAGACUUUCCAGGGACGUUAUUCCAGGAAAGCCUGGGCAGCUGUGAAAACUCAGAUGACGCCAGAGGACUGUUCGGGGUUGAGCCAAUAGGCAAUUGUUGGAGAGGGAGGGAAGGAGGGCAGCUCUCAGCAAGUCCAUGUUGGCAGCGUUUCCUGAGCUCCAAGGCUAUUCCGGGCUCCAUCCCUGGGAUGGAGCUUCCUAGCCUGCGUCAGGACGGCGUUUGCCAGCGUUCCAGGGAGUGUGGGUCUAUCCCCUUGGUGGCAGGAGGGAGGCUUUAAUCAAGUUCUCAAGGGGGCCUGGGACCAAUAAAAGUUAACUCCUAUCCCGAGUGUUAUAAAAAGAAGUGCUUGGAACGUAAAAUGCUGCAGUCACUGUGGAAGACAGUUUGGCGGUUCCUCAAAAUACAGUUACCAUGUGACCCAGCAACUCCAUUCCUAGGCGCAUGCCCAGGAGAACAGAAGAUGUCCGUCCACACAAAAACAUUUCCACGGAUGUUUGUAGCAGCAUUGCUCAUAAUAGCCAAAAAGUGGAAACAACCCAAAUGUCAGUCUCCUGAUGAGCAGAUAAACAAAAUGUAGUCUAUCCAUGCAAUGGAAUCUUAUUCAGGGAUUAAAAAGAAUGAAGUGCUGAGACAGGCUACAAGAUGGAUGAAACUUGAAGACAUUACGCUAAGUGAAAUAAGCCAGACACGAAAGGACAAAUAUCAUAUGAUUCCACUGUAUAUGAGGUGAGCAGAUGGCAGAGAGGCGAGGAUCACUAGGCUAAGAUGGGAUGGCUCUUUAGUGACAUGCCUUGGACCAGGUCUCCUGUAUGGGUCAUUCUUUGUCCUGCGAGCCAUGCUGGAGUGUGGAUUUGGAGGUGACAGUACUGGAGGCUGGAAAGUCCAAGCUUGAAGGUGCUGGCCAAUCCCGUUCCCGGCGAUUGGGCCCCUCCCUGGCUUGCAGAGGCCUGAGUUCCCGUGGAGUCACCACGCGCCUUUCCUUGGCUGUGCUGCAGGCUCCGAGCUGGCCUUCGUGCAGGAGCUGGGGGACACAGUGGCUGUGCGGGAGCACCCACUGGUGCUGCCCUGCCAGGUGGAGGGUGAGCCGCCUGUGUCCAUUUCCUGGCAGCGGGAUGGGCUGGCCUUAGCCAAUGAGAGUGGUGUCACCCUGAUGCCAGAUGGCUCCCUGCACCUGGCCGCCCUGCCUUCCCGCCGGAGCCUCCCUUCCCGUGCCCACGAGUACCACUGCGUGGCCCAGAACCGCUACGGGCGGCUGGUGAGCCGACGGGCCCGGGUACAGCUGGCAAGUCUGUCCCGCUUCCACCAACAUCCAGAAUCCAUUGAGGUGGAGCGGGGUGGAGUUGCUCGCUUCCAGUGCCUGAUCCAGGGGGUGCCUGAGCCAUCCAUUUCCUGUGAGCACAAUGGCACAGCCCUGAAUACUGCCAACCACCGGGUCACACUGCUGCCUAGUGGCAUCCUCCACAUCACCAGUGUGAGCCAGACUGACGUGGGAACCUACCGCUGCGUGGCACGGAAUGUGGCCAGUACCCGCCACAGCCAGGAUGCCCAGCUGACCCUGAGUGUGGGACCCCUGAGGCUGCUGCAGGAGCCAGAGAUCCUGUCUGGGCCUCAGAACCUGACCCUCACAGCGCACCAGACGGCAGUGCUGGAGUGCAUUGCCACCAGUCACCCUUGGCCGCUUGUCUCCUGGAGCCGCCUGGAUGGCCGCUCCAUCGGCGUAGAGGGCAUCCAAGUUCUGGACAUUCUGGACACAGGGAAUCUCAUGAUCUCCGACGUCUCAGUCCAGCACUCAGGUGUCUAUGUCUGCGCCGCCAAUCGGCCAGGCACCCAUGUCCGGCGCACAGCGCAGGGCGUCCUGCUCGUGCAGGCUCCCCGAGUUUAUCCAGUGGCCACAGUCCUUGUCCAAGCCUCCGGGCAGCAAUGCCAUCUUCACCUGCGUGGCCCAGGGCGUCCCUGAGUCCCGUCUGGUCUGGCUGAAGAAUGGGAAGGUGUUGAGUCCUGGGAAUAACAUCAGGCUGACUCACAACAAUAGUACGCUGAUGCUGGCAGGGGUUUCAGUUGAGGAUGAGGCCAUCUAUCAAUGCGUGGCAGAGAACAGCACGGGCUCCAACCAGGCCAGUGCCCGCCUGGUUGUGACAGGGGGCCCAGAGCCACCCCCUGUCCCCAGGGGCCUGCAUGCCAUGGCUCUCUCUACUUCUGCCAUUCGAGUGUCCUGGGAGCCACCCCCCCCUCCAGCAGGGACAUCAUUGGCUACGUGCUGCACCUCCGGCCUGUGGGAG